AUGCAAAUUAUAUUCAGAGUCAUAGAUCUUCGUUCGGAUACUUUGACCAAACCGUCAGAUCUGAUGCGUAAAGCUAUGGCUGAGUCUGUGGUCGGAGAUGAUUGCUAUAAAGAGGAUCCAACAGUCAAUGAGCUGGAGAGCUAUGCGGCCAAAGUGGUGGGCAAAGAGGCGGCUAUAUUUGUUCCGUCGGGCACUAUGUCUAACCUCAUUGCAGAGAAUACUCACAAUAUAUGUAACGGAACUCCACUUCCAUUAGAGUUUAUUGACAAAGUUUGUGAGAUCGCAAAAUCAAAUGGCUUUGCAGUGCAUAUGGACGGCGCCCGUGUUUUCAAUGCCAGCCUCAAAACCGGUCAACCCGUUCCCAGAAUUGUCAAGAAUUGCGAUUCUGUGUCUUUCUGUCUCUCUAAAGGACUGGGAUGUCCAGUGGGCAGUAUUUUGGCCGGUUCUACAAAACUCAUUGAGAGGGCCAUCAGAUGUCGUCGAGUAUUAGGCGGUGGUAUGAGACAGGCGGGGGUCUUGGCUGCGGCCGGACUUUUCGCACUCAAAGAGAAUAUCGAAAGAUUGCAUUUCGAUCACAAACACACGCUUAUGAUUGCAUCAGUCUAUAUUAAAGCACUCGGUCUGAGUGGGGGACAGACAGCCUAA